UCAUCCGCGUGCGCGUUAUAAAUUCAAAAUCUUGAUCGAUCGCAUGGAAGGCGCAGGAGGAGGAGGAAGAAGGAGGGAAGAGAUCGUGUCAAUUGGGUAGCCAAUGGCGCCGUCGUUGCCGUCAUCCUCUUCUUGUUGGCAUUCCGCGCUGCUGGUAGCCAUGUUGGUGCUUGUGGUGGUCAUGGAUCAGGUGGCCAUGGCGUACCUGGACGACGACAUCGAGGUGGUGUGGGGCGACGACCACAGCUUCUUCUACAUGGACGACGCCGGCGACGACGAGAUCCUCGCGCUCUGCCUCGACGAGACCCACGGCUCGGGGUUCCACACCAAGGAGGCCUACCUCUACGCCCGCUUCGACGUCGACCUCAUGCUCGUCCCCGACAACUCCGCCGGCACGGUCACCACGCUCUACCUGAUGCCGGAGGACGUGCCGUGGGACUACCACGACGAGGUGGACCUGGAGUUCCUGGGCAACGUCACCGGCGAGCCCUACACGCUCCACACCAACAUCUUCGCCAACGGCGUGGGCAACCGCGAGGAGCAGUUCCGCCUCUGGUUCGACCCCACCGCCGACUUCCACACCUACUCCAUCGACUGGAACCCCAAGCGCAUCACGAUCCUGGUGGACGGCGUGCCGAUCCGGAGCUUCAGGAACAAUGAGGAGCACGGGGUGGCGUUCCCGACGUGGCAGAAGAUGCGGCUGCACGGGAGCCUCUGGAACGCCGACGACUGGGCGACGCAGGGCGGCCGCGUCAAGACGGACUGGUCGGGGGCACCAUUCUUCGCCCGCUAUCGCAACCUCCGGGCGUCGUGGUGCCGGCCGUCGCCGGGGGUGGCGUGGUGCGGCGACGAGCCGCCGGGGUCGACGUGGUUCGAGCGCGGCCUGGACGCGGCGGCGCUGAGGCGGGCGCGCGACGCCCACAUGAUCUACGACUACUGCAAGGACCUCCAGCGGUACAAGGGGUCGGGGCUCCCCAAGGAAUGCGUCGUGGACUGAAACUGAUGGCAUGGCACGGUUCUCUGCUUUCUUGUAGUGUCAGUAGUGAUAUGUCAUUGGCUUUGUACAUUAGUUCGAUUGUUUGUUUUCGUCUAGGUUAAGGACUAGCUGAUUUAAAAAAAAUAUCUUUAUUAGAAGUUUCAUUGCAGGAAUGUGUUAUCUACAGAAAUGAG